AUGGGAACGCCAAUAUGUAUUCGCAGAUGUGUCGAUCCUUUUCUGGAUGAAGUAGCUGUCCUUUGGCAUCUGCGAGCUAUUGUACAGAAUGCGGCACCAUUAUGUCGAAGCCACGCUAAGGCUUUGCAAUGUCUGCAAAAAAAUCCAUCUUGCGAUACGCAUAAGAUGUUCAAGACAGCUAGUAGUACGGUAGAGAAGAUGUGUGGAGAGCGUGCACCACUGUUCGAGAAAAUGCGCCCAUGUCUGGAAAAGAAUGGAGACAGUGCGGCACAAAUAUGCGAUGCGAAAUGUCACGGUCGUGCCAAUCUCACUGCCUUCCUCAAUCACCCUGCUAUUAUUAGAGCAGCAAAGACUGGUGGGGAUAUUGUAACCGUCAGCAACCAUAUAGGAGGUCUAUGUGGGGUUCUGAAAAAAUCGGAGGCAGAGGUCUGGAAACCGCGUCGCGCCAAUGCUGCGGCGCGUGUCGCGUGGCGUUGCGUUGCGGUGUAG